GUGUCCAAAUGUCAAUAUUUCUACCAAAUGUGCUAUUUGGCAGUUGUUUUACUCUCCUUUAUUAUUUGAAAUAUGCUGUAUUAUUAUUAUUGUCCAUCAUUUACCAGUAUGAAACACCACAAUGCCUGAAACCAGUAUUUUCCAAAAAUAUAAUCCAGAUGGUCUCACUGUUUGAUCCCUUUGAUUAUCAUUGUAUUGCUUCCUUCCAAUAACAAUGUGUGUGUUUGUGUAUGGAGGAUUAUUUUUUGUAAGACUUUUCUCAGCACUGUAGAUCUGUGUGUGUGUGUAUCCAUACUGUAUGUGUGCAUGCAUGUGUUGGUCGAUUAGAGAGUGGACACAGCGUGAUUGAGCUUUUAGCUUUCAUUGAUCAUUACCAGCCUGGCUGACACUCUGGACCCAUCAUGGAGUCGGGAAAGCAGCUAACAGGUACAUUGGCCCUGGCUGUGUUCACUGCAGCUCUUGGGUCCCUGCAGUAUGGAUACAGUCUUGGAGUUAUUAAUGCACCCCAGAAGGUCAUUCAAAACUAUUAUGGCCGUUCUCUGGGGGUGUGGUCAGAGAGGACUGCUGUCCUGUCAGAAAACAGCACAGAGGAAGAAGAGUACUCAGGGGCGGGACAUCACCCUGCUGUGAUCAUUUAUUGGUCACUGUCGGUGGCAAUCUUCUCCAUCGGAGGCAUGUUAUCAUCCUUCCUGGUGGGAUAUGUGGGAGACCUGAGAGGGAGGAUAAAGGGCAUGUUGAUGGUGAAUGUUCUUGCAGUAGCAGCAGGGUUGCUGAUGGGUCUUUGCAAAAUUUGGAAACCUCACAUCAUGGUUAUCUCGGGCCGUGCUGUAAUGGGCUUUUACUGUGGGUUGACAUCUGGGCUAGUGCCUAUGUACAUUGGAGAGAUUGCACCUAAGGCUUACAGAGGGGCUCUUGGGACAUUACACCAGCUGGCUAUAGUCAUUGGCAUCCUAAUCAGCCAGGUAAUAGGCUUGGACUUUAUACUUGGUAAUGCUGUUAUGUGGCCCCUGAUGCUUGGUCUGUCUGGAGCUCCAGCAGUGUUACAAUCUUUACUGCUGCCCCUAUGCCCUGAGAGUCCACGGUACCUCUACAUUGUACAGGGCAAGGAGCAAGAAGCUCGAAAAAGUCUGCUUCGCCUGAAGGGAGAAUAUGAUCCAACUCCUGAUCUUGAAGAGAUGAGGAGAGAGAAAGAGGAGGCAGACAAGGAGCCAAGGGUCUCUAUCAUUUCUUUGAUCCGCUCGUCCAUGUACAGACAGCAGCUGAUUGUUGCCCUCAUGAUGCACCUCUCCCAACAGUUGUCUGGCAUCAAUGCGAUAUUUUAUUAUUCCACGGCUAUCUUCACUCGGGCAGGUGUUGGUCAGCCGGUCUAUGCAACCAUAGGAGUUGGGGUUAUCAACACAAUCUUCACUAUGGUGUCUGUUGCACUUGUGGACAAGGCUGGCAGGCGCACUCUGACUCUGGUUGGUCUGGGAGGGAUGUGCUGCUGUGCAGUUGCCAUGACAGUGGGGCUAAAAUUCCAGGGUGAUUACCCAUGGAUGAGUUACUUCAGCAUGACAGCUAUUUUCCUCUUUGUGAGUUUCUUUGAAAUUGGUCCUGGUCCGAUUCCAUGGUUCAUAGUUGCUGAACUGUUCAGUCAGGGACCCCGACCUGCAGCUAUCGCUCUGGCUGGCUGCUGCAACUGGACCAGCAACUUCAUCAUAGGCAUGACCUUUCAAUAUAUACAGGAGUGGUUAGGUCCUUAUGUGUUCAUCCUGUUUGCUGGGCUGCUGCUCGGCUUCACAGUGUUUAUUUAUCUCCGGGUCCCUGAGACCAAGGGCCAAAGUUUUGAAGAGAUUGCUGCUGUCUUCCAGAAGGGCCAGAAAAAGUUGGUACAGGGCCCCAGAGAUGCUACUGAACUGCAGGAGCUCAAAACAUCCACAGAUGCUUGAGACGACAGCGGUGUAUUAUUAUCGAUUUGUGUGUGUGCAAAAGUGUGUCUGUCUGUCAGUAUUUCAAAUGUCAAGCGUUUAUCCUUGUAGUACUUUACCAGUUGGGUUAUAAAGGAGUGAAUCACAGAAAUACUUUUUCAUUAUGUUAAUAUGAGAGCCAUACAACAACCAGCAGGGACUUACAAUAUUGUACAUGACUAUUGUUAAAGUGAAAGGGAUACUUGGAUUGUUGAACCGACAAUGACAUUGAUACCAACUUUUUGUUCCCCUUAGCUGUACUGUGCUCUAUAUCAACUGCAGAACUUAGUCCCGUUACCAAAUGUGGCCCAGCAUUAGACAAAGUAGGCAAAGUGAGCAAACAGCUGGUGAACAUGGAGGGGUAUUCAGCAGUAAAGAGACAGAUAUAGACCAAAGGAGCUAAAAGGAAAAUUAAUACUUGGCUCACAUUCAUCGACAGGCAAAAAAGGCAGCUGUUUUUUUACCGUAGUGAUUGGAGCUCCUUCUGCGGUUAAUCAUUCGGAUAUAUUUCAAAACUGUCCAAAAAUAUUGUGACCAGAAAUAAAGAGUAUUAUACUUACUGGCAUUAUGCUGAAUCAAGUAAUGGUA